AAAGCAGCAUACGCGCGGUGGCGGAGAGUGAAGAUGGCGGAAAGUAAUGUCGAACCAGAUCCCGACUGGAGUAAUCGGCCGUCCGAUACUGCCGAGGAUACUCUUGUUGCAAUGGAAAGCUUGCUGACAACCUUAAGAGCGCUUGAAGCUGAACUCAGACAACGAGAGAUUUCAGAAAUAUCCUCCACCGAAUACUGCGACAACUUCUGCCAGGCGCUGAUGAACUAUGCUGGGAGCAGGAACUCUGUGGAACACGGUCUUCCUCUCUUGGAGGUCUACUGUCUGUCCAUCAACUGUUUUGCUGCUGCCAGACCCCACCUCACAGCAGACUCCGAUAACGUGGCCCUCGUUCUGAAAAGACUGGCACUGAGCUGCUUUGAACUGCUGCUAUCUGUGCCUGAAAAUGAAAUCCCCUAUGAGGCUUGGGUACAAUUCCACCACUCUGUUCAGAUGGCUCAUGAUGCCUUGCUAGAGUAUGGAAGCACAGACCUCCAGGCCUUACUUCAGAUCACUGGAGAAGGGGGAGCCUGGAGCAACCCGGUCCUCAAUGCCCUGCUCACCGGUCAGCACACAAGCACAGAGGAAGUGGACGCCUACAUCGCCUUAGAGGGGGAGGGCUUCAUGGAGAUGCGUGUGAAACACCUUGAGAAGAUGGGGGAGAUAGCCAAAGCAGUCGUUCUGGCCAAAGCCUGUACUGAAUGCAGCCACAUAUCCAACGAAGUCACCUUCAGACAGACCUACGUCUCCCUCCUCUGCCACCUGCUGCCCAAUGCUGAGGCCAUCGCGGAGAUUUCCAGGCUGAACUGUAAGGAUGUUCUGGAAAUUACCUGUAAUCUGGAGACUGAAGGGGAGGAGAACACAGCUUUCAUCCUGUGUACCACCUUCCUGACUCAACAGCUUCAGCAGCAAAACCUGUAUUGUUCCUGGGAGCUGACACUGUUGUGGAGUAAGCUUCAGAGGAGGAUUGAUCCGUCUCUGGAGUCUUUGUUGGAGCGCUGCCUGCAGCUAGGGGCCAUCGCCAAGACAGUAUGCCAUCUGCUCUUCCUUGUGAGAAUUAUACGGACAGAGGCUGAGCAACUGGGCCUGGCUUCUUCUGUGGAGCUCUGUGUGAAAGCUCUCCAGCUUCCCAAGCAGGAUGAAGACUCUGAGACAAGGAUGUCUAUCUGCAAGACUGUGUCCUCCCUGCUGCUGGAUGACCUGGAGGUGCUUCGUGCCUGCCAGCUCACCGACUUCCUCUUGAGUCCUUCUCAGACGGCCUUUAGCCUCCUUCAGGAGCUCCACUUGCGUCCUGACCAGAAAUACGACCAGGAAAACGGAGUCAUUCCCAACUCCCUGCGCUGUGAACUGUUGCUAGCACUUAAGGCCCACUGGCCCUUUGACCCUGAGUUCUGGGACUGGAAUAUGCUUAGACAUCACUGUAUUACUCUGCUCGGGCUUGAUCCUGAAGAAGAUGUGGAUGAGGGUGGGCAGGAGGGGGGUAGUUCUGGGCAGGAGGUUAAAGAGGAGGAAAGAGGAAACCCUGAUCAUACGAGGGAGUUAUGCAAUGGACUAAAUGACAGUGCUGUUAGUCAGGAGGAGGAUCAGACAGACAAAAAAUCCCAAAACAAAUCGGAGAAGGGGAAGUGUAAGAAAUACAAGUUCACCUGUAAGAUCUGUGAUAAGUCAGUGACUGAAACCCGACUCCUCCACCACUCUAAGAGGCAUGUAAACAACAACGUUUACACCUGCCCCAUCUGUCUGGAGACCUUUUCCAGUAGAAAGGACUUUAUCCCACACACAAAAGUACACCUCAGAGCACCGGCCAAGAAAAAGAAGAAGAAUAAAAAGAAGAUCGAUAUGGAGAAGCUGAUGGAUGACGAUGACGAUGAUGAUGAUUCCGACGGCAUGGAGCCUGGUGAGAUUGCUGUGGACCCCUCCCUCAUACUGUACUAUCAGUCUACACGUGACCCUGUGGUUCUGGAUCACAUUCUGGAACAAGCAAAAACCAUCAAGCCUGUUGAUGAGGAGCAUGUCACGUUCAACUACAUCAACAUCCACUUUGAGCUUCAGAACCGGGAUAUAUACACAUGUCCCGGAACUCACUGCACAAAGACUUUUAAACAUUCCAAGUAUUUGGGUGUUCAUUUGAAAUCCGAGCACAUUGGGGAUGAGAAUGUGAAGCACUUCUUUGAGAUGAAAAACCGCAGGGUGAAGUGUUCUUUCUGCCGACGUCACUUCAUGUCUGCCUACCACUACCGCAAGCACCGGCGUGUGCAUGCCACCGACCAGCCCUUCUUGUGCGUGGUCACUGGCUGCAACGCUCGCUUCGAAACAUCCAACGAGUUGGUCUCACACAAACAGAGCCACGGCUUCCAACUGAGCUACCAGUGUGAAUUAAAAGGAUGCUCACUUACUUUCUCUGACUUGGGCCAGUUGUACCACCACGAGGCACAGCAUUUCUGUGACGCUGCCUACAGCUGCAUCAAACCUGACUGUAAUAAAUACUACUUAUCUAAAAAGGAGUUCAUCAAACAUUUAGCGACACACAGCAUCACCUUAUCAGAGGAGGAGUUUGAGGCUCAGAGGAAAGCAAAAGGGAAACUUCUGGAACCCGUUACAGAGGAGGUAGCCAGCCCCAAAAAGUCUAACGAUAUAAAAUCAGAACAAGAGGAGAUGGUUAAUGGUGACAAUGUUGCCCCUUCCUCAUCGACCAGUAGUGCCUCAACGUCUAAGGAGCCCAAGGGAACUGUGGCAUCUGUUGCUGUAUGCUUUGAUGGGAAAAGGUUCACCUGUGGCUUUGAGAGAUGUGGAAUGUCUUUUACAAGAGCCAGAGAUGUACAGAGACACCUGAAAGCUGCUCAUCCAGAACAUCUGAAGUCUGAAAACAAGGAGCACAAGAAACAUGACAAAGAGAAGGGUGGUUCAAAGACUAAAAGCGUAAACGUCAAACCAGAGCAGAGCACCGAGGAAACUGGUAGAAGUGAACUAUCGACCUCACAACAAACUAAAGGGACGAGCCAAGACAAUACAUCCCCCUCCCAGGUUACCCACAAUGCAUCAACCCUUUCAAGCCCCAAUGUCUCUGGAGACCCGCUUGGAGAAAUUAUGAUUGGUCUAAGCCAACUGAGCCUGAAUCCCUCCAGCCUUAAAAGUUGGUCUUGUGAACCACCCCGCUUAACCUCAGUGCCCACUCAACUGUCCCUUGACCAGGCUCUUAUGAUCAAGUCACCAUUUGUAUUAUUGCAGAAGGAAGUUCAGCCGUUAUUAGGCGAGAGAGUGAAAGUCACUACAAAGACUGAGCCAUCAGAGCUGCCUUCAGGGUCAGACAGCAGGAGUCCCUUCCUGCUGCAAGCCUGUACUAAACCCUAUACCUGUGAAGUCAAAGGCUGCAGCUUUCGAAGUGUGACUAGCUACACCUUGUUCCGACACUAUAUGUCCAAGCAUAACAUUGUCAAAGAAAAGGCGAAAGGUAUGCUCAAAUCAUUGAAAUUCAAGCCAUUUGUAUGCCAUAUUUGCUCCAGGAGCUUCAGGGAAAAAUCUGAUUUGAGGACGCAUUAUGUUCGUGUUCAUAAACUCAGUGAUGCAGUGUUGGAGGAAAUGAGAUAUUUGUUUAAGAGGCGCGAGGAGAUGAAGGCUUCUGAGAACACUGCAAAAGUCAAGACCUCCCUGAAACAAAUAAGUGAGUCAUUAAAAAAAGACACCCUCAAAAUGGGAAAGAAGGAGAUGCCAACCUGGCAGCAGAGGUACCAGAAAACAAAAGCUGGCAUGUUGAGGAGAGAAAAUGGACAUGAUAAGUCUGGAGACAAAAAUGGUAAAAUGAGCCAGACUGCUUCUUCUGCACCUGAUACAUGUGUAAAAGAAGAGGAAGGGGAGGAUAUUGAGGAAAGAUCAAACAAUGAACGCUUGGUAGCCAAACGUAAUCUGUGUUAUAUUCUGACUAAAUACAACAAAAGCUUCCACUGUAAGAAUAAAGAUUGUAAUGCAACCUUCACCAGCCAGGUUGGGUUUUUGCAUCAUCUAGAAGCAGUACAUCGCUACAAUCAUUCUCAACUUUCUCUUGAAAAAGACCUGAUGCGACAUAAAAAUUCAGAUGUCAGGAAGGGGAAAACGCGGAUGCAGCCCAGUCCACCUUCAGAUGACCCAGAGCCGAGGUUUAGAUGUACAUUUAACAACUGUAACGCUUCGUAUCACCUCAAAAGCAGUUUGUUACGUCACACAAACCGUGACCAUCGUGACUCCCAUAUUCAAUCAAGCCAGCUCAUACACUGCAAGUAUGACGGUUGUACAAGCGUCUUCACCCAUGCCUCCAACCUCAACAAACACAUGCUGUUCACACACUGCAAUUUCUACGACUCCGUAGUAGUGCGUCUUCAGAGUACUCACAAAAAGGACAAGUCAGUAAGCGGUUGCCAAAAGAAGCUAAUAAUCACAUCAUCAAAGCCCAAGACUGACACUCCAACGUUGCCACCACACAGGCAGUCUCUGAGGCGCAAUAGCAAGUCUAAGGAUGACCCUGAUUCUCGAGCGGAUACUGGUGAGGAAGAGGAACCUCAAGAUAUCAAGACGCCGGAGAACAAUAAAAAGCAAUUCCAAAAGUUUGACAGAUUUGAAGAUAUGGACUUCCGCUCCCAUGAGGAGGCCUUGCAGAUGUGCCAAGACCGCUGUCUGCGUGUAGCCUAUCCAUGUAUGGUCCAAGGCUGUGACUCUGUCGUUAAAAUAAUGAGCAGCAUGCGCCGUCACUACCUGACGUGCCACACCAUGGCAUUGACCGCUUUUGUCACUCAUCAAGAUAAGCUCAUGUUUACGGCAGAGCAGCUGGAGGAGCUGAUACAGAAGAAGUCAGCACUGUCUUCCCAACCAGACGGAAUACGGACACCAAAUGGUGUUCUCAAGAUGGAGUACCAGUCAGAACCAGAGAACCCUGGGGGUCCGUCCGUACCCAUGAGCCUCCACUCGAUCAAAAUGGAAAGGCUGGAUGACCAUGAUCCCCUGGGGUUCGCUGAAAAAAACCCUGCGGAGAGGAACGUCCUUGUUGGAGCAGAUGACCUUCUGUACGGAGAGCCCAGUGGGCACACAGAGGACCCUGCGACUCAGAAUGGCCAUGCGCAAGACGUGAGAUCAAGGCAGCAGGCCUUCAACCCCCCUCCUCCCCCGGCAGAUCUUUCACCAACAUCCACAUUGAGAUUCUCUAUCGAUGAGGGCUUUCUGGAUACGUCCGGCCACAAACCCACCAACAACAUCUCUGGGCCCAUGACUGCCACACCAGCCCGCCAACCGCUGAAGCGGAAGAACGAGCUCUCUGAGCACUUUCCUUCCCAUAAAGAGCCUCCGCCUCUCUGCCCUACUCCACGAACCUUUGACCUGGCCACAUACAAGCCAAUGGGGUUUGAGUCGUCUUUUCUCAAGUUCAUACAGGAGACCACCCAGGACGAGGACAUUAGGGUGGGCGGGUCGGCUGGUGUGGCAGCCAAGCGCAAAGACUCCCAUAGGCGUGACUGCUCUGUCAAGGAGAACAGUCAGAAUGGUCUCACUCAUCCUCGUAACAGACGCACUCGCUCUGCACCUCUCAAGCCCUUAACCAUGAAGGGGGACUACACGUCAGUCCAGAACCUGAGAUCCAUCUUAGACAAAGCAUUGACAGGAUGUGGGGACCUGGCCAUCAAGCAAUUGCAGUAUCUCAGGCCAGUGGUGGUCUUGGAAAGAUCCAAGUUCUCCACUUCUCUGUUGGAUAUCUUCCCCACUGACUCAAAUGAUCAGCUACUUCUUGGAAGUUAGUUCAACUGAAAACCUUUUAACAUCUAUAAAGACUUUUUAAUUUUGUCCUCGCAUAAGACUGCGUUUUGUUUACUUUUCUUCUGAAGAAUGUGUUAUAAUGACUGUUUCUUUGAAGUUGCCAAACUGAUCACUUGCGAUCAUAUUAGUAUCAGACCUAAUGCCGGUUUAUUACCUGGUAAAAUGGCCUGGAAUAGAUUUUUAACAAGUAUUGUUUCCAUUUCCUCUGUUAGUGAUUAACUUGUAAUAUUGUAUAUAUCUUGUCACAAUACACAUUUUGCAAAUGUUUAAAUAUCAUUUAGAAAAACUGAUGGUGGUUGUUCCAUUUCAACAAAGAUUUUUUUUGUCAGAAAGUGGAUGUACAAUAAUUAAGCACCUCUUAACCCAAACAUAAAGUUGAUGAAUAUGCCGUCUUCAGCUUUGCUUAGUCUCAUCAAGAUUCCAUGUUUUCAAUGAAGUGGAUGUUGGCAGAUAUGUAUGUAUUGCUUUAUAAUAAAAAAAUAAA